AGAAGGCUGCGUCGAGAAGCCUUUAACCACCAAGGGCGUCCGUGACGCGUACUCCUCUUGCCACUUCUAUUUCUGCCUCUUUUCUUCAUUCUCUUCUGGACGUGACCUUAUUCUAUUGACUCGUUCAGAACGAUUUGUGGCACAGGGAGGCGUGGGAGAAGCAAGCACGGCGCCCCGCAACGUGUUUACUCCUCAUCCACACACCACACGACGCUUCUACGACGCCCUCUCGAACGUCCCUUAUGAAGUCACCAAGUCUAACGACGUGACCGCCCUUCGAACCCUUUUCUCCCUCUCGCCCCGGCCCGGGUAACGGCUACCCCUCUGCACGAUGCUUGAGGGACUCGUCGCUAACCUGCUCAAUCGCUUUCUGGGCAUGUAUGUUCAGAACUUCGACCCUAAACAAUUGAAUGUUGGGAUAUGGUCUGGAGAUGUCAAACUACGAAAUUUGGAACUCCGCCGCGAGGCUCUGGACCAGCUCCAUCUCCCGCUCAACGUCGUCGAAGGACACCUCGGUUCACUCACACUAUCGAUUCCUUGGUCGAACCUAAGAGGGAAACCACUCAAGGUCAACAUCGAGGAUGUCUUCCUUUUGGCGGCACCGAAAGAAGACGCGGAAUAUGACGCGGAGGAAGAGGAGCGGCGAGCACAUGCAGUGAAGAUGGAGAAGCUCGAUAGUGCGGAGCUGUUGAAGGAGAGGAAUACCGAGGGCAUGAGCCAGGAAGAACUGCAGAAGAACCAAAGCUUCACAGCCAGUAUGGUUACUGCUAUAGUUGACAAUGUCCAAGUCAGCAUCAAGAACAUCCACAUUCGAUACGAGGAUUCCAUCUCGGACCCUGGUCACCCUUUCGCUCUCGGUAUUACUCUCGAAGAGUUCAGCGCCGUUAGUACCGACGAGAACUGGACCCCGACAUUCAUACAAGGCUCGUCGAGCUCGACACACAAGCUUGCAACUUUAGGGUCGCUGGCGGUAUACUGGGAUACAGAUACGGAACUCUUAGGCACUGGAAAAGGAACCCAAGACAAGGAUGAGCAAGGUGUUGAUCAUAGUGAUUUCAUCGAGAAAUUCCGGGAUAUGAUUGUUAGGAGCGACAACCCCAAGGUCGGAGACCAUCAAUUUAUCUUGAAGCCUGUUAGUGGUCGUGCAGGGCUGGAGAUGGAUAAGACUGGCAAAUCAGAUAGGCCAAAGAUGAAGGCUCGCCUGUUAUUCGACGAGCUCGGUUUCAUCAUUGAUGAAGACCAGUAUCGAGAUGCCCUAAUGCUUGUGGAUCUUUUCCAUUAUUUCAUCAGACACCAAGAAUACAAAAAGUUUCAACCCAAAUCGUCCCCCAAAGAAGACCCCGAAGGCUGGCUACGGUUCGCUGGAAAGGCUGUUCUUGACAAAAUCCAUGACAAGAACCGGAAGUGGAGCUGGGACUACUUCAAGGAGCGCCGAGAUGAUCGAGUACGCUACAUCCAGCUCUUCAAGAAGAAGAAAAAGGAAGAGAAGUUGACGCCUGCGGAGAUCGAAGAGCAGGACAAACUAGAGAGGAAGCUUACCUACGAAGACCUUCGUUUCUGGCGCUCUCUGGCUCGAAAUGAACUCCGUAAAGAGAAUAUCGGCGUCAAGAAACCGCCACCCAAGCAAACGUGGACCCAGUGGGCGUGGGGAUCCAAACCUCAAGAACAAGCCGACGAUGAUACUCAAAUGUCCGAGCAACAGCGAAAGGAGCUAUACGAUGCAAUUGACUGGGACGAAAAGAAGAACAUCACUGAAGCGGUAGAUAUGCCGAAAGAGUAUGUUCGGAUAGAAGUCAAUUUGAGUCUGAGGACUGGCAGCUUCACCCUCAAGAGGGAUCCACAUGGCAAGAAAACUGAGAUUCUACGGCUUCUAUUCGAUUCCUUUACGACUACCGUCUUGAAGAGGACAGACUCUAUGUUCGCCAAAGUCAGCCUUGAGGGGAUGAGGCUCUACGACGGGACAACCGAGGGCAGCCUUUUUCCGCAGAUCAUCACCAUCAAAGACGCUCCUCCAGUUCCAGAUGAGAAGCGUUUCGAAGAACUCAAUGACGACGAAACAUCGAAAGAGGAUGGGGAAGACGAGGAAGAAGCUGAAGAUCCAUUCUUCCAGCUAUCUUUCGAGCAGAACCCUCUCGAUGGUAGUGCGGACACUGCUCUUACCAUGAAGCUCGAGGGCAUGGAAAUCGUCUACAACCCAAUCUUCGUUGUCGAAGUAGCCAAGUUCUUCAAGCCUCCAGAACGACAUAUGGAGUCCAUUGGUGCCCUUAUGGAGACUGCUGGUGCGACUGUAGAGGGCCUCCGGCAGCAGACUCGCGCCGGUCUGGAAUUCGCACUGUCUGAGCACAAAACUAUCAACGCUCAGUUGGACCUUCAAGCACCUCUGAUCAUCGUCCCUGAUUCCGUCACCGAGGCUUCAAGCAUUUGUCUCAUAUUGGAUGCGGGUCACGCCAGUGUAACCAGCGAGCUCGUCGACAAAGACACCAUUCGAGAUAUCCAGUCAAAACAGAAACAGCAAUACACCGAAGAGGACUUCAAACGACUAGAAGGAUUGAUGUAUGACAAGUUCUUAUUGAAGCUGGAGUCUACUCAAGUCCUGAUAGGCACUUCCAUCGAGGAGACUCGUGCCCAACUAGACGACAAUUCAGCUUCCAAAGAUCUUCACAUCAUUGACCGUAUCAAUAUGGACUUCAAGAUCGAGAUCUGUAUCGUUCCCAAAGCGUCAGACCUGACUAAAUUCCGCAUAUCCGGAAAUCUCCCAGUGCUUCAUGCCUCGGUAUCUGAUGCAAAAUACAAAAAUCUCAUGAAGCUCAUAGACGUAGCCAUCCCCAAGUUCGACGACGAUGAGCCAACUAAAGAGGUUAUCGAUGGCGCGAAAGGGCCUUCGAACCCCAAACCUACAAGCACAGGGCGAGAUGAAGGACCAUUGGGCCGUCAAAGGUCAAAGUCCUUCCAAUUCGCGGCUCAAGAGCAUGCGCUUGUCAUGGACGAAGAGGGCGAUAAUUCGGGCGACGAACACUUCGAGAAAGCAACCGAGAGCAAAUCGCCGGCCGAAGCUGCUUCCCACCAACGGAACUUCGAAUUCAAUUUCACUGUCGACAAGCUCCAAGGCUCCUUGUACAGAUCCGAUCCUGAAGGCAAAAAGCCAGAUCAACUUCUAGUCGAACUCGUUGCGGAACACUUCUUCCUGGAGUUCUACCAAGCGCCCUUCGAAAUGGCGGCGGAGGUUCGUCUCAAAACCCUUGCUGUAGAAGAUCAUGUUGAGGAGAAUCCUCUCCCUGAAUUUCGCAACAUAAUUUCUUCCGAGGAUUCGGACUCAUCUACACAAAAGGACCUGUUCCAAGUCAAAUUCUUCAAGGUCAACAAAGAUUCUCCCGAAUUCAUGUCAAAGUACGAGGGCAUCGCAACAAACCUGGACGUAUCAGUUUCAACCAUCAAUCUGAUCGUUACCCGCAAGACUUUGCUGACUUUGCUUGAUUUCGUGUUGAUAACUUUCACAAACCCGGGAGCAGAGUCAGAUCAGAAGCAAGCGGCCAUAAAGGAAGCGGAACGACUGCAAGCGACAGAAGCCUCGCCUGGAGAUCCUGACAAGAUUCGCAUCAAAGCUGAUUUGAAGCGGAUUGCUGUCAUUCUCAACAACGACGGAAUCCGGCUCGCAACUUUGAGCUUGAACUCCGGCAAUGUUGGAAUCUUCCUUUCAGGAAAGUCGAUGCGCAUUGGUGGCCGGCUUGGAAACCUAAAUCUUGUGGACGAUAUUAACCAAGGGGUAUCCGCAGAAUCAUCCCUCCGCCAGCUUGUAACGAUCGAAGGGAAAGACCUCGCUGACUUCAGCUAUGAGACAUUCGAUGAGGAGUCUGAGGCGUACCCUGGCUAUGACUCUUCCAUAAUACUGAAAGCUGGGUCUAUCAAGAUCAACUUCCUUACCGAGCCAUUCCGGAAGAUCAUGGAGUUCGCCGUCAAGUUUGGCAAGAUGCAGGCCAUCUUCAACGCUGCGCGUCAAGCAGCUGCGAACCAAGCGAGCCAGAUUCAGGAGAGAGCCAACAAGAUGCAUUUCGACAUCGUCAUCAGCACGCCCAUUGUGGUAUUCCCCAGAAUGGUCAUCAGUGACAAGGCGGACCGGGACACUUUGACCGCAAAUCUUGGAGAGAUCUAUGCGAAGAACAAAUUUGUUCCUGUGGACGACUCUAAGUCUUCUGAUGUCGCAAACAAGCUAUCAGCCGGUAUCAGGCACAUAAAGCUGACCUCCAAUUUGCAUUACGGAGAUGACCAGUCCGAAGAGCUCCAACUGAUCGACAAAGUUGAUCUGGACUUCAACCUUACCAUGAUUGAUCACAAGCCCGGAUUAGAAAGACCGGAUCUUGAGAUUGAGGGCUCAAUGUCGGAUCUAAAUCUCAAGCUUACACAAGAGCAGAUGAGGCUUAUGUUGGAGCUUGCUAGGUCUGUCCCAGCAGCCUUCGCUACCGAAUCGGACGCCGUCAUAGAGGAUGAUCUGCAGCACGAGCUACCAGAUUUCACAACGGAAACUGCUAAAGAGUUCACCGACGAUGGGCCAGACUCUGAAGAAGACACUGGGAAGGUCGUUUCAAGCCAAGGCCCUGAGUUGCACACUGGUGAUGACAAAUGGACCAAACUCGACUUUAUCUUCAAGGUCGGCACAAUUGGACUGGAGCUCAUCAAGGCCAAAGAAGACGAGCCUGUUGGAGACCUCGAAGCAGCAAGCCUUUCCAAGUUCUCGCUAAAUGAAACGAACGUCAAGCUACGAAUGAUAAGCGAUGGUGCUCUGGAGGCCGAGCUCCUCGUGCAGUCCUUUACUAUCAGAGAUAGCCGCACCCAGGAAACCAACAAAUUCCGCAAAAUCAUGUCUCUCAUCAACAACGAUGUCAAGCAGCAGUUCAUGGCCAGCGUGUCGAUUUCUGGGGGCACCGAGAACAACUUGAUUGCAAUUCUUACUAUCGACAGCCCUCGAGUGAUCCUGGCUCUCGAUUAUCUAUUCGCUCUCCAAUCUUUCAUCACCUCCGGUCUCGAAACCGAGGAGCCCUUGGCGAUUGAAGAAGAAUCGGAAGAUGAUGGUCACGAUGCUGACAGUACUUUGAGUGCGCAUUCAGGGGACCUUGCUAGGCCCACUCGUGAUGUCAAAGCUGAGUCUACAGGAGAAGAAGAUUCUGGGAUGAAUAUCUCUUUCCGAGUCAAUCUCGUAGAUGCGCAAGUUGUGCUUAUUGCUAACCCUGCUAUCAUCAGCUCCGAAGCCAUUGUUCUGGGCACGAAGCAAGUCCUCGUAUCAAAACAACAAGCUAUGACGCUGCAGGUGGACAAAGUCGGAAUGUUCCUUUGUCGCAUGGACAGAUUCGACGAUAGCAGACUGAGGAUCCUUGACGACUUCAGCAUCCAGACGUCUCUGGACAUGCGGUCUCAAGGCACAAAAUCAUCUCUCACUAGCAUUAGCGUCGACAUUGAGCCUCUUAUACUCCGGCUGUCGCUUCGAGAUAUCUUGCUUGCCAUGCAAAUCGUCAGCCGUGCUUCGGAGAUGUCAGCCAACGAUGGAGAGAAGCCAGGUAGCCAAGAGCCACAGAAAAUCAAAGAAAUCGCUAGUUCCGGUGCAAAGUCUGCGAAGGGAACAACUGUAAAGAAAUCAGCGAAGGCGAUUUCUACUACGAAGACCGCAAAGCGAUCUAGCCGGCAAGGUCUACCAGAACCACCGCCACGACCGACCGGCUCAGCUGUCAUCAAGCGCGAGGAAAUGAAAGUCAAUAUCGAAGGAAUCCGCGUUGUUCUUAUCGGUGACCUCCAUGAGCUUCCUAUGCUGGACUGGAGAGUGAAGAGAUUUGGCGUCGAGGUCAGAGACUGGUCCGGAGCGAUGACAGCCGACACCAGUCUGGAGACUUUAUUCAACAUCUACAACUUCUCCAAAUCCGCCUGGGAGCCUCUUGUUGAGCCCUGGCAAUUAGGGUUCCACAUGUCGAAAGAACAAAAUCCCGACAAGCUCUCUGUGGAGCUCUACUCAAGAAAGUCCCUGGAGCUGACAGUAACAUCUGCCACCAUUGCACUAGCUUCAAAAUCUGCAGAUUUCCUCUCGUCUGAAGAAGACAUCUUGUCUAAGCCCAGAGGUACCGAUGCGCCAUACAGAAUUCGCAACUACACAGGCUUUGAUAUCAAUGUCUGGUCUGAGGCUCGAGAUGAUCAAGAAGGUUAUGCUGCCAAACUUGCCGACGGAGAAGAACAACCUUGGCGCUUCGAAGAUCCUUCUGCUACGAGAGAGAGCUUGUCCGCAGAGGGAGCUACUGGUGUCGUAGGCAUCAAGCUAGAAGGCAGCGGCUUUGACAGCAUUGCUCGCGUUCCGGUACAUCGCGAAGGCGAACAGCUUUACAAUCUCAAGCCCAAGAAGGACCGCGUACAGCAUCGCCUUCUUGCGGAAGUUACCCUCGGAGCGGACAACGUGAAGUACAUUACUUUCCGGUCUCCUCUUCUUGUGGAGAACAACACGCAGAUCCCUAUAGAGCUGGGCGUCUUCAGCUCAGAAGAGGGCCAUCUGCUAAAAAUCGAGAAGAUUGCACCAGGUGAUGCUAGGCCUGCUCCAGUGGGCUCAGCAUACAUGCACUCCUUGGUGAUCCGCCCGGAUCAAGGUUUUGGGUAUACAUGGUCGAAUGAGCGCCUCUUUUGGAAAGACCUUCUCCAGAGACCGACGCGCACCAUCACCUGCCGUGGCGAGCAAGACGAUACAUCGCCGCCCUUCUACUUCCAGAUGCACGCCGCUUUUGAUAAAAAUGAUCCAUUGACUGAUGUUUAUCCCUAUAUGCGAAUCCGACUUGCCGCUCCCAUUGAGGUCCAGAACUUGCUCCCUUAUGACUUCAAGUACCGCAUCUACGACGGUAAUACCAAGAAGGAUUGGACAAACUUCCUUCGUAAAGGCGGUGUUAGCCCGGUUCAUGUGGUUGAACUGUCACAUCUGCUCUUGCUAAGCGUAGACAUGCAAGACACGCCUUUCAGACCUAGCAAGUUUGGUAUCAUUAACUCCACUGAUCGGGAAAACUUCCGGCGUGAAAAGACGCUGGAGGUCAAAGAUAACGACGACUUGACCCUCCAUCUCAAAAUGCAUUUCUACAACAUCCCUGACGGAGGUGGAUCCUUCAAGGUCACCAUCUACAGUCCUUAUGUCAUCCUGAAUCGUACCGGUCUGGAGCUUGACGUGCGCGGCAAACAAUUCCUCGGACAAGCGAAAGCUGCUGCCGGUCAGAGUGUCUUUGCAAACAGUGAGAAUGAUGCACAAAAACCUAUGCCUUUCAUGUUCUCGUUCUCAACCGAUGACAAGAAAAACCGAGCGCUUAUCAAAGUUGGGAAGGCGAAUUGGAGCAAACCUCAGAGUUUCGACGCUAUCGGCAGUACGUACGCCGUCACGCUGCCAGCUUCCACUGCGAGAUCUGAAAUGCAUAUUGGCAUUACGGUAGAUGAGGGCGAGGGCAAGUACAAUCUAAGCAAAGUCGUCACUAUUGCACCGCGUUUCAUUCUCAAGAACAAGACGACAGAAGAUCUCAACAUCCGCGAACCUGGAUCGUCGGAAUGGCUACCUCUGAAACAUGGCGAACUUCUCCCUCUUCGAUUCCUGAAGCAAGGUUCCAAUCCACAGUUGUGCCUCUGCUACCCCGGGGUCAACAACCAGUGGUCAUCGCCAUUCAACAUCUCCAACGUUGGCAACGUCCACGUGAAGCUGUCUAAGGCAGGCCAGCGGCAAAAACUCAUUAGAAUCGAUGUUCUCAUGGAAAAUGCCACCAUAUUCCUCCACGUUAGCGUCGAGACCAAGCACUGGCCGUUUUCCAUGCGCAAUGAGAGUGAUCAGGAAUUCCUCUACUGGCAAACUAAUCCAAACGUUGACGAAGAUGAGGACGACCGAGGUUCUGGAUUCCGACCUAUCCGGUACCGCCUCCCUCCGCGAAGUAUCAUGUCAUAUGCAUGGGACUUCCCGGCUGCUAAGAACAAGGAGAUCGUCCUAAGCGCUAAUGGACGUGAACGACAUGUUAAACUAGCAGAAAUUGGCAACCUCAUUCCAUUCAAGGUUCCUCCGGCGCAAGGGUCUACGCGCCAAAAGGUCAUUGAUCUCAAUGUCGUCGCGAAGGGCCCAACACAGACGCUUGUGCUGUCCAACUUCAAGCAAUCCAAGAGUUUGUACAAGCAGAAGUCUGGAUCUGCUUCCCAGUCAACUACUGGCGGCUUCGAGAUCAAAGAGAUGGAUACCGACGUAACCUUCAAAGCGCAGAUACGUUUCGCUGGUAUCGGCAUCUCGCUGAUCAACCGACAAUUGCGUGAGCUCAUCUAUCUCACUCUCCGAGACAUCGAGGUCAAAUACUCCGACUCUCCUCUAUACCAGACCCUGAAUACCACUGUCAAAUGGAUCCAGAUCGACAACCAAUUAUAUGGAGGAAUCUUCCCUAUCAUUUUCUACCCCAGUGUUGUUCCCAAGACAGGCAAGGAGAUGGAAGCGCAUCCUAUCUUCCAGACGAACAUCACACGGGUUAAAGACGACUCAUAUGGGGUGCUGUACAUCAAGUAUUUCACUUUCUUGCUUCAGCAGAUGACGCUAGAAAUUGACGAAGACUUCAUAUUCGCCAUGCUGGACUUCACGAAAAUACCAGGAGCCUCUUGGUCUGAGGAGAAAGAGGGCAAACUGUGCGACGACACUCUCGAAAUUCCGGAGCCAGCACAAGAGCAAACGGGCCAAGACGUUUACUUCGAGCUUCUCCAUCUCCAACCGAUGCAAAUAGAUCUGUCCUUUGUUCGUACGGAGCGUAUCAACGCUGAGGAUACAAUGACAUCGAACAACCCCUUCAUGUUUGCCGUUAACGUUCUCACAAUGUCCAUCGGAAACGUCAACGAUGCACCCGUAAGAUACAACGCGCUCAUGCUUGAGAACGCUCGAGUCUCAUCAGAAGCUCUGAUCGCCAACAUUAAGAACCACUACGUCCAAGAGAGUCUCCGACAGGUCCAUGUCGUGCUCGGUUCUGCCGAUUUCCUCGGAAACCCUGUUGGCUUAUUCACGAACAUCAGCUCUGGAGUGGCAGAUAUCUUCUAUGAGCCGUACCAGGGUCUUGUCGCUUCUGAUAGGCCUCAAGAUCUCGGCAUUGGCAUCGCCAAAGGCGCAUCCAGCUUUGUCAAGAAGUCUGUGUUUGGGUUCUCGGACAGUAUGGCCAAGUUCACCGGAAGCAUGUCGAAGGGCCUUGCUGCAGCCACCAUGGACAAGGAGUUCCAAGACCAGAGAAGAAUGUCUCGAAACAGGAAUCGACCGAAGCAUGCCUUGUACGGCAUCACCUCCGGUGGCAACGCGUUCGCCAGCAGUCUAGCCAGCGGCAUUGGAGGUCUCGCACGCCAUCCCAUCCAAGGCGCCGAGAAAGAAGGCGUCGCCGGCUUUGUCAAAGGCGUUGGCAAAGGCCUCUUUGGUCUCCCCACUAAAGCUGCCAUCGGUGCCUUCGAUCUCGCUUCCAACAUGGCCGAAGGCGUGCGCAACACCACCACCGUCUUCGACCAAGAAGGCCUCGACCGCGUCCGCCUCACCCGUUUCAUCGGCCAGGACGGCGUCGUGCGGCCUUAUAGCCAACGCGAAGCGCUCGGUCAGUUCUGGCUCAAGACCCUCGACAACGGGAAAUACUUCCACGAGGACUACCUAGCCCAUCUCGAGAUCUCGGGCAAGGAUAUGUUGGUUAUGCUCACGUAUAACGGCAUCAUGCUUGUGCGAACGAAGAAGCUGCAGACGGAGUGGGAUGUUCCGCUUAAGGAUAUCCAGACUAUCUCAAAGGAGCGGACGGGGAUGAGUAUUACGCUCAAGGGCGGCACGAAUGGGCCAUUCAUCCCGGUGGGCGAUGAGAGUUCGAGGAAUUGGUUCUAUAAGCAGGUUGCCGUGGCUGUCAAUGCUUAUAAUGAUAAGUAUAAUGCUAAAGGGUAA